AUGGCAGGCCGAUCUGGCUGUACCGACUGCUUCGACAGUCGGGAAUGCCGUUCACUCUCUCACGUCGAUUUACCCCGUUGCACACGCUCAACCCGUCGAGCGACCGUUCAUUUUGGAUCCAUCUAUCACGCCUUAUUAAUCUUAAUACUGUUUUUUUGCCUGGUGCCGGUUCCCGCGUCAGCGUACCCAGCUGCGGUGGCAGACCUGGUCGAUGCUCCACGAUCAGCUUCGACCGGUGAGGAGAUUGUCGCGCUUAAUCUUCACCAGCGGUCCACAGCCCCCGAAAUAGCCAAUGUGACAGUCAAUGCAUCCAAGCAUGCCGCCGAGAGCAAGGCAAUCGUCACCGCAGGCUCCUCUUCGUCGUCGCAAUUGCCUAUCGCGUUCGACACGAUGGCUAACAACUUUGCGAACGCCAGCUGUGUCCAGUUCUUCUCAGACCACUUGGAAAAGCCCACUGUAGCAAACUGCCGUCCUCUUUCACUAUACCUCCAAAACUCAAACUCGUUCUUUCACGACCUCCGUUCGGAAGCAGGCACCUCGCGGGUCCUGGACGCCACAUGCGCCGACCCUGUCGACGAAUGCGCGACGUCCAUGACCUCUCUGGCGGAAAAGCUGCUUGACGACGACAACUGCGGGCAGGAUUUCAACGCCGGGAACACAGUUGUCCAAAGCACAUAUAACGAGCUGAAGGCAUACGAACCGUUGUACCGGGCUACAUGUCUGACCAACCCCGCCACCAAAAACUAUUGUUUUGUGGACGCGGUGACCAAUGCUUCCGUUCCCAACGAUUACAAUGUGUAUUUUAUUCCGAUUGGCAACCCGCUUGGGGAGGGACAGAUCACCUGUAAUGAAUGUCUCAAAGCUACCAUGGACAUCUAUGCUCAUUGGGCUACCAUCGACCAACAGUCCCUCGAUACCACCUACUUGCCAUCGGCCCGGACGGUCAAUGAUUAUUGUGGCGCCGGCUUUGCGAAGACCAAUGUCACUGUCGGCAUCCCCAAAACCAGUGCUGCUGGGGUGAACCGCCCACUGGGCAAUGCUGGGCUUGCAACCUUCAGCAUCACCGUCGUCGGUGCGAUACUUUCAGGGAUGAUUUGA